CAAGGGGGAGCUGGCGGGUUAGGUGCCCCCCUCUUCUCCCUGCCCUCCCCCCCCUCCCGGCCCGCUUCUCGCAUCUCCCCCCAGAGAUGAUGCAGCAGGACGAGUCAAACUCGCCAGUCUCCCCCGCCGACGACAGCUUGAGCAACAGCGAAGAGGAGCCGGACCGGCAGCAGCUGCCCAACAGCAAGAGAGGGGGGCGCAAGCGGCGCUCCAGCCGCCGCAGCGCCGGCGGAGCCGUCGGGGCCGCGGACGAGCCCUGCAGCCCGGCCCAAGGCAAGCGGGGCAAGAAGUGCGGGGCGGGCGGGGGCGGAGGCAGCAGCAGCGGCGGAGGCAGCCCCCAGUCCUACGAGGAGCUGCAGACCCAGCGGGUCAUGGCCAACGUGCGGGAGCGGCAGCGCACGCAGUCGCUGAACGAAGCCUUCGCCGCCCUGCGGAAGAUCAUCCCCACACUGCCCUCGGACAAGCUGAGCAAGAUCCAGACCCUCAAGCUGGCGGCCAGGUACAUCGACUUCCUCUACCAGGUCCUACAGAGCGACGAGCUGGACUCCAAGAUGGCAAGCUGCAGCUAUGUGGCCCACGAGAGGCUCAGCUACGCCUUCUCGGUCUGGAGAAUGGAGGGCGCCUGGUCCAUGUCCGCAUCCCACUAGCAGGCUGCGUCCCACACCCGCAUCCCCCCGGCAGGAGCCCUAGAUGACAUUGUUCCCACAGAAGGAGAAAAUGGACAUUCUAGAGACUCUGAAGUUGGAUAUGAUUUUUUUUGGUCUUGUCUAAAAAAAAAAAAAAAGUACCAAGGAUUUCUUGGAAAUUAGAAGAGCAAUGUCCAAAUUCAAAGCAGGGCGUGGGGAGCACUUAAGGAAAGAGAAAGAGACAAGGGCUUUGGACAGUGACUACCCUUUGGGCGUCGGUACAAUCCACACAUCUCUGCAUUCUGAUAGAAGUCUGAACUGUUCGAUAUUUUUUUUUUUUA